CCUGGUCACAGGCGCAGCCGCCGCGGCCGAGGUGGCGGCGACCCGCGCGCGCCCCGGGCCCCCCUACCUGGCCGCCCGCCGAGCCAUGUCGUUGAGCCCCAAGCACACGACGCCCUUCUCCGUGUCCGACAUCCUGAGCCCCAUCGAGGAGACCUACAAGAAGUUCGGCGGCGCCAUGGACGGCACGCCGCCCGGCCUGGGGGCACCCCUGGGGGCCGCCUACCGCGCGCCGCCGCCCGGGUCCUCCUCGCAGGCGGCGGCCGCGGCGGGCAUGCAGCCCCCGCACGCCAUGGCGGGCCACAACGCGGCGGCAGCGGCAGCGGCGGCGGCUGCAGCGGCGGCGGCCGCCACCUACCACAUGCCGCCCGGCGUCUCGCAGUUCCCGCACGGCGCCGUGGGCGGCUAUUGCAACGGCGGCCUGGGCAACGUGGGCGAGCUGCCCGCCUACACAGACGGCGUGCGGGGCGGCGCGGCCGCCGCGGCCACCGGCUGGUACGGCGCCAACCCGGACCCGCGCUACUCGUCAAUCUCCAGGUUCAUGGGGCCGUCGGCGGGCGUGAACGUGGCCGCCAUGGGGUCGCUGACGGGCAUAGCGGACACGGCCAAGUCGCUGGCACCUCUACACGCUGCGGCGGCGCCUCGGAGGAAGCGCCGCGUGCUGUUCUCGCAGGCGCAGGUGUACGAGCUGGAGCGGCGCUUCAAGCAGCAGAAGUACCUGUCGGCGCCCGAGCGCGAGCACCUGGCCAGCAUGAUCCACCUGACGCCCACGCAGGUGAAGAUCUGGUUCCAGAACCACCGCUACAAGAUGAAGCGCCAGGCCAAGGACAAGGCGGCGCAGCAGCUGCAGCAGGAGGCUGGCCUGGGCCCGCCGCCGCCGCCGUCGCCGCGCCGCGUGGCCGUGCCGGUGCUGGUCAAGGACGGCAAGCCCUGCCAAAACGGCGCGGCCACGCCGACGCCCCAGGCAGGCCCGCAGCCGCCCGCGCCGACGCCGGAGCUGGAGGAGCUGUCGCCCAGCCCGCCCGCGCUGCACGGGGCGGGGGCAGGCCUGGCGGGGCUGGACGCGGCUGCGGCGGGGGACUACGGCGGCGGCGCGCUGGGCGGCAACCUGCUCUACGGCCGGACGUGGUGACGGCGCGGCUGGCAGGGGGUCCCGCCGCCGCCCGAGGGUCUGCUCGCGCUGA